AUGUCACCUGACAACCGGGAAUCGGAACGGACUCGAGGAGCGGAUGCGAUCGAUAUCGAAUAUCAGCGCCACUUUCGAGCAACAACAUCUGCCAAAGAGGAGGAGGAAGUAACCGGCGUCCCCGAAGCUGUUCAGCGGAGUGGAGCACAUGCUCCCGCGACCAGAACUCCGCUCAUACGUCGGGGAUUUGUACUUGCCGGGCCUGUAGUGAGUGGCUGGUUAGACUCCGCCCUUUAG